GGAGCCCGGCGGCGGGGGCUUCGCGCACCUCCCUCACCCCCCUCACUUGCCCACCCCGCUCGAGAGACCGACAGGAAACGGUCUCUGGCCUGUCAGGAGGACCCCUGGUGCUGCGGUGCAAGCCAGCGGCUAAGUCUCGUGUAUGGCGUGGUUAAGGUUGCAGCCUCUCACCUCUGCCUUCCUCCAUUUUGGGCUGAUUACUUUUGUGCUCUUCCUGAACGGUCUUCGGGCAGAGGCUGGCACCUCAGGGGAUGUGCCCAGCACAGGGCAAAACAAUGAGUCCUGUUCAGGGUCAUCGGACUGCAAGGAGGGGGUCAUCUUACCAAUCUGGUACCCGGAGAACCCUUCCCUUGGUGACAAGAUUGCCAGGGUCAUUGUCUACUUUGUGGCCCUGAUAUACAUGUUCCUGGGGGUGUCCAUCAUUGCUGAUCGCUUCAUGGCAUCUAUUGAAGUCAUCACUUCUCAAGAGAGAGAGGUGACUAUCAAAAAGCCCAAUGGAGAGACCAGCACAACCACGAUCAGGGUCUGGAACGAAACUGUCUCCAACCUGACCCUCAUGGCCCUGGGUUCCUCUGCUCCUGAGAUCCUCCUCUCUCUAAUUGAGGUGUGUGGUCAUGGGUUCAUUGCUGGUGAACUGGGACCUUCUACCAUUGUGGGCAGUGCAGCCUUCAACAUGUUCAUUAUCAUUGGCAUCUGUGUCUACGUGAUCCCCGAUGGAGAGACUCGCAAGAUCAAGCACCUACGAGUCUUCUUUGUCACUGCUGCUUGGAGCAUCUUUGCCUACAUCUGGCUCUAUAUGAUCCUGGCAGUCUUCUCUCCUGGUGUGGUCCAGGUUUGGGAAGGCCUCCUCACUCUCUUCUUCUUUCCGGUGUGUGUCCUUCUGGCCUGGGUGGCAGAUAGGCGACUGCUCUUCUACAAAUACAUGCACAAAAAGUACCGUGCAGAUAAACACCGAGGAAUCAUCAUAGAGACUGAGGGUGACCACCCCAAGGGCAUUGAGAUGGAUGGGAAAAUGAUGAACUCCCACUUCCUAGACGGGAACCUGGUGUCCCUGGAAGGGAAGGAAGUGGAUGAGUCCCGCAGGGAGAUGAUCCGGAUUCUCAAGGAUCUGAAACAGAAGCACCCAGAGAAGGACUUAGAUCAGCUGGUAGAGAUGGCCAAUUACUAUGCUCUUUCCCAUCAACAGAAGAGCCGUGCCUUCUACCGGAUCCAAGCCACUCGGAUGAUGACUGGCGCAGGCAAUAUCCUGAAGAAACACGCAGCAGAACAAGCCAAAAAGGCCUCCAGCAUGAGCGAGGUGCAUGCAGAUGAGCCUGAGGACUUUGUCUCCAAGGUCUUCUUUGACCCAUGCUCUUAUCAGUGCCUGGAGAACUGUGGGGCUGUACUCCUGACAGUGGUGAGGAAAGGAGGGGACACGUCCAAGACCAUGUACGUGGACUACAAAACAGAGGAUGGUUCUGCCAACGCAGGGGCUGAUUAUGAGUUCACAGAGGGCACUGUGGUCCUGAAGCCAGGAGAGACCCAGAAGGAGUUUUCCGUGGGCAUCAUUGAUGAUGACAUUUUUGAGGAGGACGAACACUUCUUUGUGAGGUUGAGCAAUGUUCGCCUAGAGGAGGAGCCGCCAGAGGAGGGGAUGCCUCCAAUAGUACUCAAUAGUCUUCCCUUGCCUCGGGCUAUCCUGGCGUCCCCUUGUGUGGCCACAGUCACGAUCUUGGAUGAUGACCAUGCAGGCAUCUUCACUUUUGAAUGUGACACGAUUCAUGUCAGUGAAAGUAUUGGUGUCUUGGAGGUCAAGGUUCUGCGGACAUCAGGUGCCCGGGGCACAGUCAUCGUCCCCUUUAGGACAGUAGAAGGGACAGCCAAGGGUGGUGGAGAGGAUUUUGAAGACACAUAUGGAGAGCUGGAAUUCAAGAAUGAUGAAACUGUCAAAACAAUUCACAUCAAGGUAAUUGAUGAUGAGGCGUAUGAGAAAAACAAGAAUUACUUCAUUGAGAUGAUGGGCCCCCGCAUGGUGGAUAUGAGUUUUCAGAAAGCGCUCCUGUUGUCUCCAGAGGUGACAGACAGGAAGCUGACUAUGGAGGAAGAGGAAGCCAAGAGGAUAGCAGAAAUGGGAAAGCCAAUAUUGGGUGAACACCCCAAACUAGAGGUCAUCAUUGAAGAGUCCUAUGAAUUCAAGAGUACAGUGGACAAGCUGAUCAGGAAGACAAACCUGGCCUUGGUUGUGGGGACUCAUUCCUGGAGGGACCAGUUCAUGGAGGCCAUCACUGUCAGUGCAGCAGGGGACGAGGAUGAGGAUGAGUCAGGCGAGGAGAGGCUGCCCUCCUGCUUUGACUACGUCAUGCACUUCCUAACGGUCUUCUGGAAGGUGCUGUUUGCCUGCGUGCCCCCCACAGAGUACUGCCAUGGCUGGGCCUGCUUCGUGGUUUCCAUUCUCAUCAUCGGCAUGCUCACAGCCGUCAUCGGGGACCUGGCCUCCCACUUCGGCUGCACCAUUGGCCUCAAGGACUCGGUCACAGCUGUUGUCUUUGUGGCAUUUGGCACCUCUGUGCCAGAUACGUUUGCCAGCAAAGCAGCCGCCAUCCAGGACGUGUAUGCAGACGCCUCCAUUGGCAACGUCACGGGCAGCAAUGCGGUCAACGUCUUUCUGGGCAUUGGCCUGGCCUGGUCCGUGGCCGCCAUCUACUGGGCCCUUCAGGGACAGGAGUUCCGCGUGUCAGCCGGCACGCUGGCCUUCUCCGUCACCCUCUUCACCAUCUUCGCGUUCGUCUGCAUCAGCGUGCUCUUGUACCGCCGGCGGCCCCACCUGGGCGGGGAGCUGGGCGGCCCUCGUGGCUGCAAGCUGGCCACGACCUGGCUCUUCGUGAGCCUGUGGCUUCUCUACAUACUCUUUGCCACGCUGGAGGCUUACUGCUACAUCAGGGGGUUCUGAGCCACAGAACCAGGCCUCCCACUGGGCAGGCCCAGGACUCCUAAGAGAAGGGCGCUUCCCUACCCAGUGACCUCUCCCGGAUACUCAGCCCUGGAGAGGUAGCAUCAGGACCCGAGCCCCAGGAACUUCACCUGACUAGGCCCUGGCAGUGAACUGAAAGGGCAGAGUCAAUCAAUCCAACAGAAGGGAGGAAACACCCACUUUACAAAGUACUUAAUUCAAUACAAGCCAACAACAGCAACAAAUCCACCUCCACCCCAUCUUCCCACCACGUCCCUGGCCCAUAGCAAAGGGCAGACCCUUUUGCCAUCUUUUAUUCCACCUUCUUCUGAAUAUUCCUUUGCUUCUACUUUCCUCAGGGGCAGGGAUUCUCCUGUCUGUCAAGUUCAAUACAUCACCGCUCUCUCACUCAGCCGGCGAGGCGUGAAAAUGAGUCUGAUCCACGUGGCUGGUUUGGGGUUCUCUUUUCAUUGUAAUCAUGAUGGUGGUUGCUUCGUUUCCCCAUCAGGUUUUGCUCAUUGAUUGUUUGUUCGUCUUGUCUUUCCUUUUGGAGGUUAGUGACAGAGGUGCUGUGAUGGAGCCCAAGGGUAGAGGCAGGAACUUCCAGACACACACAUUCCCACUCACGCUGGGUAACAGCUGUCUCUUGCUCUAUCCAGGUCCUGUCCGCCAUCCUCUUUUUCCUCUGCACUCUUGAGUGGACUGAUGGUGUCUGGGUGGCAGUAAGUUUGCACACCCGUGCGGGGCACUAAAGGACAGGGGCUGUGGCAGGAGCAGGAACAGCUUUCUGUCAAGCUUCGGUCGAAAUCCGGUUUAAAACGAGAAGUCGUUCUCUCCCCUGCCCGAGCCUUUUAGAUUCUUUCUGUCUCGUCGUGUCAAUGUCUAUGUGUUUAUCCUUCUGUGGGAAGACCCACCAAGUGGGAGAGAGGGGACAAAAAUAGGAAUGGGAUGUGAUGACCUAGGGCAGCUCGGGAAGCAGGAGGGAUCUCUGCCUUCUAGAACAUCUUUGGCUUCGUGUCGGAGGCAGGAGAGACGUCCACCUAGUGAGAUCUCUAAGGGGGGAGAUACUUCACGUCAGCACUUUUGAGAAAUGUCAGUUUCACCACCCCUCACUUUCUAACGUGCCAGACUGAGAACUCUGAGUGUAUUUCUUGAUUUAAUGGGAAAACUUAGACGUAUAUAAGGAAAUGAGGGGCUCCUGCCACCUCUCCUGAACGCUCGGGUCGUAUUUGAAAACAUUUUCACAAGACAGGAACUAGAACUCAUCUCUCCCACAUCCUCGCUUGUUUUUAAACCUCUGGAAGCACUUUUUCCAGCCUGUGGGCUGUUUCUUGCCCCAGUAGGAGGAACCUUAGUUGCCAUAAUCCCACGGAGCCUGGGUUUAUUGAAAGAGAGGUUGCCGUGCCCUCCAGACCUUUUCCCAACAAGUUUUGAAAGGACCUGGCUUUAAAACACACACACACACACACACACACACACACACACACAAAUGACCACACAUAUGAAAUCACCACAAAACUGCCCACAGAUCUUCAGGCUUUCUGCAUUGACAUAAAUACAUUUUUUAAAGGAAAAGAAGAAAUUAAAAUACACCUGUUUAAUUUUAAACACAUUUUUUAAGAAAAAAAUUAAAAAAGAAACAGUGCUCAUGUCACAAGCUAUGUUGACAGUUGCUGGUGGAAAUGUUGGGUUGGUUUAAAAAAAUAAUAAAAGCUAUACUUAUCUCUCUCUAAA